AUGGGUGUCGAAGCGUUGGUGUUAAUGAUGCUGGUGGCAACACUAACGCGAACGACAAACGAACAUAUGUAUGGAUACGCAGGCACGAGCUGCGACUCAAACCAUAGUGCACAAACAGAGAGACAAGAGUCGGUCUAUGGUGAUGACUAUGAGGAUAUUGGUCCAGCUCCAUUUGAACCCAUUGGUGCCGAAUCACCUACUCCUGUGGUCACUGAGCUACAAGUACCAUUGGAAGAAACCCAAGUCAAGUACAUGGACGAGUUCUAUCCGCUCAGCGAGAAGAAAAAGCGCAAGCUUGAAGGUCGAGUAGCUGAGGAGGAGGAGGCCGUUGAAGGGGAUGAGGAUCACCGUUGGUCCAAGCGUACCCAGAACGUGUUGAAUGCGAUCACAGCAAAAUUGCGUUCAACGAACGAAACUCAGAUUACGUUGAACGACCUUUUGACGAAAGGUGCUACUCGAAAGACGGCUGCGCAGAAGUUUUAUACACUUUUGGUGUUGAAGAAGUCACAAGCAAUAAACGUGGCACAACACGAACCUUAUGGAGAUAUUCUCAUCUCAGCUGGACCCAAUAUUGCUCAGACUAUGAAAUAA